GAAGUAUGAAUUGAUGGAUACAUUUCAUAUGUAUUAAUAUUAAUAGUAUUUAAAUACUUUAUAAUAAUAAUAGACAUAUGUUUUGAUGUAUUGAGUGAAGCAAUUGUUUUACAAACCAAAUCAUAUUAAGACAAGUGAUCUACAAGUGAUGCGAGUGUUGUCACUGAAGACAUCACUGUUGAGCAACAGUGAAGUGUUGUCGUUGUUGAAGGAGAUCCAAGAGAAACGCCGUAAACUAAAGGAUAACAAACAGUUGGCCACAAUUGCAUACGAAAGCAUCAAUUUCUUAGAGGACUCGGCCGCCAACACUACCACCGAUGACCAGAUCCAACAAUUUCUGAUUGCAGUCAAAGACACGUUUCGGUUGACCAAAGCUGAGAAGUUGCAGAUUAUUAAUCAAAGACCCAUCACUUUAGUUGAAUUACAACUUCUGAUUGAGGAAAAUGAAGAGCGAUUUAGUGAGGAAGCCAUGGAUCAGUUGCUGACACUCAUAAAUAACACACUAAUCAAUACUGAUAUUCAAACCGAUGAAGACAUCGCUGAAGAUAGAGAUAACAGCGAUGAUAACGAUGAAGAUAUCGAUAAUAAUAGCGAAGAUAAUUGAUUAUUA